AGCUGAGACUGCAAAGCUCCCGGGAAUGGUCGGAGCGGGAGAAGGACCUCGGACCGUAUUUGCUAGGAGCCCCCAGACCAGGGCAUUCUCAGCCCCCAGCUGCCCGGAGCCAGAGGUAGCCGCGGCCAGGAGCGAGAGAGAUAACACCGGCACAAAAUGACAACCCUGACAAUGACCAAGGAAGUACUCCAGGAGGAAACACGGGUACAAGAAGAAAAUUUAGCAUUAUACGAAUCCGCAUCUGCUCACAUUAUUGAGGAAACAGAAUAUGUGAAAAAGAUUCGAACUACACUAGAGAAGAUCCGAUACCAGAUAUUUAAAGAUGACAUAGGUCAUAAGAACACAAAUCACAAAUUAGAUGCAAAGCACUCUUGUCACACUGCUGAGGAUGGGCCCGAGUCCCAGGUGGAGGCCUCUCGUUCCAGUUUUGAUCUGAUGAUGGAGAAGAUGAGAGGCAAAGACCUACAACUCCUAGAAAUGAACAAAGAAAAUGAAGUCUUGAAAAUCAAGUUGGAAGCCUCAAGAGAAGCAGGUGCUGCAGCGCUGCGCAAUGUUGCCCAGAAAUUAUUUGACAGCUAUCAGAAACGGUCUGAUGAACUUAGGAAAAAGCAUGAAGAUGAUAAAAAGUUAUUACAGGUGAGCAACCUUGAAAAAGGACAGAAAUUCAAACAACAUGUAGAAAGUUUGAAGCAAGUAACUGAGAGACUUGAAGGAAAGCACAGCCAGAUCACAGAACUGGAAAACCUCGUACAGAGAAUGGAAGAGGAAAAGAAAUUAUUGCUGGAAAGAAAAGCAUCUUUGCAAAUGAAAUUGGAGCAGCUCAGACUGAACUCUAAAAAUGCUAAGAGUUGUAAGGAUCUUCAGACAGAGAUUUCCACUCUCCAGAGGCAAAUUUCCUAUUUGCAGUUUGUGAUUCAUUCCCAACAUCAGAACCUACGCAGUGUGAUCCAGGAGAUGGAAGGAUUAAAAAAUGAUGUACAAGAACAAGAUAAAAGGAUUGAGACUCUGAAAGAAAAGGUGAAUGUCCUCGAAGCUCAGAAUAAAGACCUAAAAAGCAAGAUUGAACUUUGGUCAGACAACUCCAAGUUGAAGGUAUCUAAGGGAGUUUCCACAAGUGAAUUCAUGGUGGAAGACACCUCUCCCUAUCUGAUGCUAAUUAGACUACGGAAAUAAACCUUCAACAUGUAUUGGAUUAUGGGAGCUCUAGACCCUGAAAGACUCCUUAUUACGAUGACCUCUGUUUCUGAAAGAGUUCUACUAUUUAGUAUAUUUAAAAAUAUAGUCUAAAUGAGAAUGUUAAUUUGCUGAUGUCUCUGAUCUUCCAAAGCUUACCCAAGGGUCGCUUCUGUAAAGAAGUUUUCCCCUGGUUGGUGGGAAGAGAACGUUCAGAGCAGUCAGACAAGCAUUUGGGGAAGAGCGCCGUUUCCCCAGUGCUGGGAUUUUGCCAUCCUGAACUAAUGGGGAAAUUUGCUUCUUCCCCAUGGAAAACACUUGAUUCUCUUUUCAAACUUGUUUGGUGUACUGGUUGUAAAAUAGAACCUUGCAUAUUAUAAUUGCAAAUUCCUGCAGUGCGUUUUCAUUUGAUGUGGGGGAUCAUCCCCUUUGGAUGGUGAAAGGAAAUUUGGUUGGCCAGAGGCCACCAAGAAAUGACCCCUUGGGAAUAGUUUAUUUGAGAUAAGUAACAGGAAGACUUGGGGGCCACUGAAGUACCAUUUAAUAAAUUUCUGUGCUACUGUACUCUGCUGCAUUACUGAGAAUCAGGAUUAUGACUUGAAUGCCUGACUGUGAUCUAAGACUGUCAACUUCAUUUGUAAAUAAGUGUUCUUGUUAGGGAUGACAUCAAGUGGAAAAGGAGAUACCACGUAUCUGACAGAUUUUUAAAAAUUAUUUAAGAAUUUGAAUAUGUUUAAUAAGAAAUGGGGUUUUUUUUCCAUUAAAGAAGUCAUUAUUAAAGGAAGUAGUGUGAGACAGUGAGUUAGAAGCCAGAAGAUCUGGAUCCAAACCCCAGCUCAGUCACUGUGUUGGAUCUUGAGCAGAUCACAUCAAUCCAGGCCUCAGUUUCUAUAUCUGUAGGGUGAAAGCUAAUCUCUGAGAGUCUUCCAGCUAUAGUUGCUAUAUGCUUAUGGAUAGAGUCACUGAGGUACUACCUCAUUUUCUUGGUAUAUUAAAUGAAGUUGGGAUGGGUGGAUUGAGUCGUCUCUGAAGGCCCUUCCAAGGACAUAUCUCAACAUACCAUAAAAUGCAAAAUAUCUAAAGAAUGGAGCAAUUCUGUUAAAAUUAUUUUUUUUUAAACCAGUCCUUUCACAUAAAAGUUGCCAUCAGAAUUUGCUAUAAUUUUUAACCUAGAUUGUUUUCCCCCCCAAGAGUUAUUAUUGCAUAUCCAUUGUUUGAUGUCACUACCCAGAAAGACAUUGAUCUUCGUUCCAUCAGAGCCACAGUGCCUUGGCACAUGCUCUAAGGCAUCUUAUAACUAUGGAAAACACCCUUUUCUUUUCUUUUCUUUUUACUCUCUUCUCUUCUCUUCUCUUCUCUUCUCUUCUCUUCUCUUCUCUUCU